GUGCAAGAAAAAAAAACAACAAAACAAAACUUCUACAAAAAUAAUAAAAAAAAACACAAAACUAAUUAAAAAAAUAUUUCUUCUGCAAAAUAAAAAAUAACAAGUGUUUUUUUCUGUUACUAAACAAUAACAAUUUCAGAAAAAAAAACAACAAGAAAUAAAUACAAAAAAGUUAAAAAUUAAAAACCAAACAUUAAAAGAUUGAUACAGAUAGAAGGCACAAUAAAAUGGUCAAUAAUAGUAAUAAACCGCAAAAAAUGAAACAAAAAACGCAAUCCACGCAACAGCAGCAUCAGCAACAACAACAAAAUGUUGCUGAAGGAGUCAACAAUCAAAAGGUAACAACUCAACAACAAAUGGCACAAAAAAACUCAAACAAUGGACAAAAUGAACAACAACAAGCACAAUUAACAACAAAAAGACAAGCAACACAACAGCCGCAACAACAACAACAGCAGAGUUCAACCACAAUAAAGACACAAAAUUUGCAAAAUCAAACUGGCAACAACAACAGUAACAAUAAUAAAACUAAAAAUCAGCAACAACAAAAGGCCCAACAACCACAGAAUAAUGGUAACAAUCAGAAUCAGAAGAGACGUAAUAGUGUUAACAGCAACAAACAAAACAAUAAAAAUGCUGCAAAAUCCAAUAAUAACAACAACACUACUAACAAAUCCCAAACUAAACAAACACAGACACAAACCACCAACACAGAAACACAACAACAGCAGCAAAAAACACAAAAUUCUAAAAACCAACAGAAAACCACAUCCUAUCGCAAUUCCUCCCACAGUUAUGCUCAAACAUUGGGCAACAGCAAACAACAGCAGCAGCAGCAACAACAACAGAAAACCACUAACAAUGGCCACAACAACAACAACAACACUAACACUCAUAAAACCCUAACCACAAAUAAUACUUACAAUGAUAACAAUCCCUUGCCCGGUGAAAAAUCAAAGAACAACAAAGCAAAUCGUACUAAUUCAAAAUCCCCCUCACCCAUUACCAAUGAAAAUCAAAAUCCUAAUGCUCAAAAUUCCCGACGCAGUAGUGUUAAGCUCACAGCUGCUGAUCUAUUGACUGCUGCUUUAGCAAAACCCUGUGCCAAAUGUUUGAAACCCACUGCUAGUAAUGCCAACGAUACCUCUACAACUUCUUACAUAGCUUUGGAACCUUUGAACUUUAAAAAUUACAACAGCAACAACAACAAUAACAAUAAUAAUGCUAAACAAUAUCGCAAAUCAAAAUCGUAUGUUGCCUCCUCGCGCCACAUGUCGAACGGUGAUUUGAUGAAUAAUGGUGGUGGUGGUGGCAAUAAGUCCAAUUCUCGUCAACAGUAUCAACGUUCACAAAGUGAUCGUCGCAGUUCGUUUGAUCGUCAUUUUGCCGAACGCAAUAAGAACUUUGUACCGAUCGAGGCUCCGGCUAAACCCAUAUUGGCUUCAUCUAAUAUUCAUGCGGUUAUAGUGGACACGGAGAAGUUGGUGAUAUUAGAACGCUUGGGUAAAGGACGCAGCACGUAUCCCAUAAUGCAGGUAAGCUAUGAAUUCAUUUGUUACACCCUUAACUCCUAACCACUGUUACACGAUAAGCCAUCAACAGAGAUGCUAUUUCUCCAUAUUGUUUUGUAAGUAUUUUAAUGAAAAUUUUAUGGAAAUCAAGUAGGAAAUAUUAAACACGUGUUUAACACUAAAGAGCUUUUAAUGGCAAAUAAAAUGGGGACAUUAAUUUCUAAGGCGCCAAUGAGUUCUACAGAAAAUUGUCAGAGAGUGAGAGAAAGAGUGUGAGGAGAAAACAAAAUCAAAGAACAA